AUGGCUGGACUAUCAAUCACAUCAGUAUUACUGUCCCCUAUCAAUAAGCUCCGUGGGAAAUCAAAUCCAUACGAGAAGUCCCAUCAUGCCAACAGCCUCCCUCACCCCACAAAUACACCCACCAGUGACGAUCUUCUCGCUGAAGCACGUCAAGCGGCCGGUCGUGAUCCCGUGACUGGACAACGAACACCCAGCGCCGCAAGCAAAAAAGCGAGGAAGCAACAACCGUCUUUGGAGCAACAGCAGCAAGCGGCAGCAGAACAAAAGGCGGCGUUCCUUGCUUGGGCAGCAAAACAUCCACAGGCGGCUGGGCGACCAUAUGAGAGCUAUGAGGCUUUUGUGCAAGAGAUGGUAGCAAAGCGGACUGGAAAUUUUGAGCCGCAGGGUGGGACAGAAUACUAUGCGCCUGAAAGGAGGGUGGAGGAGUACUACUUGACGGGCCUCAGCGAAGAGGUUCGUAUAGUGUGCCUCCGAUUCGGCAACGACUACACACCCGAAUGCAUGGACAUGGACGAGAAGCUGUACAAAAUCGUAGACGCAGUCAAAGACUGGGUUGUCAUCUACGUAGUCGACAACAAGCUAAUGCGGAUGCUACAACAGCAAGUUCCCGACUUCAACGCCAUGUAUGAAAUCUAUGACCCUUGUACAGUCAUGUUCUUCUGGCGCAACAAACACAUGCAAGUCGAUUUCGGCACGGGCAAUAACAACAAGAUCAACUUCCCUAUUGGCACGAAGCAGGAGCUCAUCGAUAUAUUGGAGACGGUGUACAAGGGAGCGAGCAAGGGGAAGGGGCUUGUUGUUAGUCCUAGGGAUUACUCCACGAAAUGGGCAUACUAG